AUGCGUCUGGUCCAUGGUGCCGAGAAGCAAACCUUCUCCUUUAAGAAGUGCUCUGCCUUCCAGUUCUUCAAGAGGAAGGUCCGGAGGUGGAUGCAGAAUCCCAAAGUAAGCGUAGAGAAAUCUCAGACAAAAGCGUUUCUGUCCCCCUGCCCAAGAUGUCAGACAGGACAGGACCUGUGGUACACACAUUUCCCAGCACCCUAUGGCUGUUGUCACUGCGCUCCAGCUACCUACUACUCACCUCAGCCUCCCAGCCCACCCUGUCAACCGUGCCAGCCCUGCCCGCGUGAUAAAACCAAGGUGUGCAAGCUGCGGAAGUGGAAGAUGCUAAGCCGUCACCAUAGUGAUGGGAAGACAAAAGUUGCAGAGGUGGAGGGUCAGGUGCUCUGCCCAUGGACCAUGACGCCUUUGCUGGGAAACCCAAUACUGCUGGAGUGCUGCAUUUGCAACGGCCCCUUCAUCACAUAUGGCAACGAGGAGGCAUGGCAACCUCGCCAACGCACACAGGCGAUGGAUUUAUAUUACCAUGGCGAUGCUGACCCAGAGACGUACUGCUGCUCUAAUGACACCACUUUUAUGAAACAGAGAAGAAUGGGCCUGAAUGACUUCAUCCAGAAAAUUGCCACAAACUCUUAUGCAUGCAAGAGUCCAGAGGUCCAGUCCAUCCUGAACUUGACCCCACCUCAGGAUGCAGAACUGAUGAACUCAAAUCCCUCUCCUCCGCCCAGUCCAUCCCAGCAGAUAAACCUGGGUCCCUCAUCCAACCCCACAGCUAAGCCAUCUGACUUUGACUUCCUCAAAGUCAUUGGCAAAGGCAGUUUUGGCAAGGUGCUGCUAGCUCGUCACCGUAAUGAUGAACAGUUCUAUGCUGUCAAAGUGCUUCAGAAGAAAGCUAUUCUCAAGAAAAAAGAGGAGAAACACAUCAUGUCGGAGCGUAAUGUACUGCUGAAGAACGUCAAGCAUCCAUUCCUAGUCGGCCUCCACUACUCUUUUCAGACAGCUGACAAACUGUACUUUGUCUUGGACUACAUCAAUGGAGGAGAGCUGUUUUAUCACCUGCAGCGGGAGCGGUGCUUUCUGGAACCUCGUGCACGGUUCUACACAGCUGAGAUUGCCAGCGCUUUGGGUUACCUGCACUCUCUCAACAUCGUGUACCGGGAUCUGAAGCCUGAAAACAUCUUGCUGGAUUCACAGGGUCACAUCAUCUUGACUGACUUCGGUCUGUGCAAGGAAAACAUUGAACCCAAUGGAACCACGUCCACAUUCUGCGGAACACCGGAGUAUUUGGCUCCAGAGGUCCUGCACAAGCAGCCGUACGACCGGACAGUGGACUGGUGGUGUCUGGGAGCAGUGCUGUAUGAGAUGCUGUAUGGGCUGCCUCCGUUCUACAGCCGAAACACAGCAGAGAUGUACGACAACAUCCUUAACAAACCUCUCCAACUCAAACCCAACAUUUCCAACGCAGCACGGCACCUACUGGAGGGUCUAUUACAGAAGGACCGUACCAAGAGACUGGGCUGCACAGAUGACUUUACUGAGAUCAAGAAUCAUAUGUUCUUCUCCCCAAUUAAUUGGGAUGACCUGAAUGCUAAGAAGCUUACCCCUCCGUUCAACCCCAAUGUGACGGGCCCUAACGACCUGAGGCACUUUGACCCCGAGUUUACGGAUGAGCCAGUGCCAAAUUCCAUUGGCUGUUCACCAGACAGUGCGCUGGUAACAGCCAGCAUCACUGAGGCAGCUGAAGCGUUCCUGGGCUUCUCCUACGCCCCUGAUAUGGACUCUUACCUGUAGCACCGUCACUGUGGAAACGCCAUCCCAUAGACUUGUAACUGUAGCUCAUUCCCAUGGAAGCGUCAUCCCAUGGAAUCACACUUUGUAGUGCAUCACUAUGGAAACAAGCCCACCUCCCCUCACUCACUUUCCCCAAUGGAAAUGGGGAGUGGUAUUUGCACAUGGCCCAAGGCAGCUUGCUGAGGCCGUCCUAUUAGCGGCCUGAGUUUUACACCUGAGAGAACUGACUUCAUUUUCUUGGUCUUCUUCAUCAUUGCACCGCAAGGUUACUCCUCUGCUUUUGCUCCAUAUUUUCUUAGAUAGAGAAAUGGAGAAAAAGAGAGAAAAGGAGCUGGUAUCAGUGGCAUUUGUUUGUAUGUGUAUGCAUCUUUGUUGGUCAGAGGAACUCAAAUGAAUGUGUUUUUGUUUAGAGGGAUGAGAGGGAGAGAUUGGUGUGUGUGUGUGUGUGUGUGUGUGUUUUGCCUUCGCCCUUGCUUCUCACCCUCCUCAAAUACACUCACCAGCUGAGUCAUGCAGCAUUGCACUCAGAGUCAUAAGGCACUCAUUCUUCUGUCAUGUGAUGGGACAUUCAUGAAUCUCAUUGGUUGUCAACACAACACCAAAACAGUGGGAUGUUUUGGAGCAGUCACCCUCAAAUGGUCUGACUGGACCAAAGGAAAAAUCGCACAGAGUUGUCCCACCUUUCCUACAUUUUUCCUCAUUUACUUUUUCUGUACAUCAUCCAUGACGGAGUGAACGGAUGCUGGACGGAAUCUGCUGUGUGUAGAUAGGCUCUUGGACCAACCAAUCAGAUGCCUCCGUCUCACCUUAGUCUUCCAGCCUCUUUACAAUGUAAUAAUACUGUCUAGGCAAGCAUUCCAAUAAUGUCUGGACAUGACAUUCCAUUAUAAUAUGACUGUGUACUGCUAUUUAUGUUUGUUUGUAUAUUUUGAGUCUGUGUACUAGUUUUAAUAUAUAUUGAACGAAACUAAAGGCUAUGCUUAUAUAUGUAAAGUUAACUGUCGGAUGUACAAUGUUUGAUUUAUGUGACCUUGUUUGGUUUGCAAUAAAAGUUUAAUGUUAUUUUCCCCAA